AUGCCGCCCCAGAUCAAGCAGGACCUCAACCGCUCCGGCUGGGAGUCGACCGACUUCCCGUCCGUCUGCGAAAACUGCCUGCCCGACAACCCCUACGUCAAGAUGAUCAAGGAAGACUAUGGCGCCGAGUGCAAACUGUGCACGCGCCCGUUUACCGUCUUCUCGUGGAACGCCGACCGCAACCAGGGCCGCAAGAAGCGCACCAACAUCUGCCUGACGUGCGCGCGCCUCAAGAACUGCUGCCAGAGCUGCAUGCUCGACCUGUCCUUUGGCCUGCCCAUUGCCGUGCGCGACGCCGCCCUCAAAAUGGUCGCGCCCGGGCCCCAGUCCGACAUCAACCGCGAGUACUUUGCCCAGAACAACGAGAAGCUCAUCGAGGAGGGCAAGGCCGGCAUCGAAGAGUACGAGAAGACGGACGACAAGGCCCGCGAGCUGCUCCGCCGCCUCGCCGCCAGCAAGCCGUACUUUCGCAAGGGCCGCACCGUCGACGAGUCGGAGCUCGCGGCGGCCGAGGGCAGCACGGCCGGGGGCAAUGCCGCGGUAGGCGCGGGCGUCGGUGGGCCGGGGCCGAUCCGAACACGAGACUCGCGCGCUGCCGCUGCCGCCGGGGCGAGGCCGCGCGGCGGAAAGGGCCGCUUCCCCAGUGCAGCCCAGCUGCCCCCGAGCCCCAAGGACUGGCUGCCUCCGGACGACAAGAACAUCUUGUCGCUGUUCGUGACGGGUGUCGAAGACGACCUGCCAGAGCACAAACUGCGCGACUUCUUCAAAGUUCACGGCAAGAUCAAGAGCUUGGUGUGCUCGCACAUGUCGCACUGCGCAUUCGUCAACUACGAGACGAGAGAGGCGGCCGAGAGAGCGGCGGCCGCCUGCCAGGGCCGCGCCGUCAUCGCCGGAUGUCCGCUGCGGAUACGCUGGGGCCAGCCCAAGGCCAUUGGCACCAUGGACAGGGAGCAGCGCGGCCAGAUGUUGCGCGACGCACGAAUCGCCAAGUCAGGUGGCCAGCAGCGGGCCAUCGAGGGCGGUUCCUCACAGCAAGGCGGCAGUGGCCAGGCUCGCAUUGCCGCUCCGCCGACCGUGGCCGCGCCGCCGGGGGCCGACGAGGCGCCCAACUAUGCCAGCCUCUCGGGCGACUAG